GGGGGUUUCCUGCGUACCUGAGACAGUCUCUUCCUGGACUGAGACGCAGUCAAACCGAAAGUUAUCGACAGAAACAAGUGCACGCGGUGGAUGAAGCAGGGAGCAGCGCGGAAACAUCUCAGCAUGAGCCAGUGGAAGCAGAUUCAGCAGCUGGAGAUGAGACUCCUGGAGCACGUGGACUAUCUGUAUGAUGAUAAUUUCCCCAUGGACAUCCGACAGGGACUGGCCAGCUGGAUAGAGUCCCAGGAUUGGGACACAGCUGUUAAUGAUGAUUCGAUGGCGGCGGUGAUGUUCACCAACCUGCUGUCGCAGCUGGAGAAGGUGCGCUUGCAGGAGCAGAACUUCCUGCAAAGACACAACAUGAAAAUCAUACAACAGCAGCUGCAGCUGAAAUAUACAUCCAACCCUACGGUCAUGGCUAGAGUCAUCUCCACCUGCCUCAGGGAAGAACGACGUAUUCUCUCCAGCGCCUGCACACAGGAACAGGGCCCACUGGAGAAGUCAGUACAGAAUUCUGUGGCUUUUGAGAGGCAGAAGAACAUGGACAACAGAGUUGGGAUCAUCAGAGGCAGCGUACAGUUGAUGGACCAGGCUGUAAAGUACAUUGAGGACAUGCAGGAUGACUUUGAUUUCCGCUACAAGACCCUACAGUCACGAGAAUCAUCAGAUCGCAACUCUGACAUGAUGAAGCAGGAAGUAACAAGACUACAGGAAAUGCUAAACAGGCUCGACUUUAAGAGGAAGGAGAUACUGUCAAAGAUGGAUGUUGUGAUCAAAGAGAUUGAUGACCUGAUGACUUCCCAGCUCAACCCUGAGCUCCAGGACUGGAAGCGCAGGCAGCAGAUCGCUGCCAUCGGUGGUCCACUGUUGACUGGCCUGGAGCAGCUGCAGAGCUGGUUUACUCUGACGGUGCAGAGCCUCUUCCAGAUCAAACGUCAGCUGGACAAACUGGGGGAACUGGUUGUGAAGGUUACUUAUGAGAGCGACCCAAUUCCACUGCAAAAACCUCAGCUGGACGAACGAGUUAAAUACCUCAUCUACCAUCUCAUCAAGAGCUCAUUUGUGGUGGAGAAGCAGCCUUGCAUGCCCACUCAUCCACAGAAACCCCUCAUCAUAAAGACUGGAGUACAAUUCACCACCAAAGUCAGACUUCUGGUCAAACUUCCAGAGGUGGAUUAUCAGCUCAAAGUGAAGACGACGUUUGACAAGGAUCUUCCUCCAGGCAGAGUAAGUCGCCAGUUUUUCAUCCUCACCAACAACACUAAAGUGAUGGACAUUGAGGAUUAUUCAAACGGCUGCCUCUCAGUGGAGUUCAGACACCUGCAGCUGAAAGAGAAGAAAUACAUCAAUGGCACAAAGGGGAAUGAGAGCCUGCUUUCUGUGACAGAGGAACUUCACUCUCUCAGUUUUGAGGCUUGCUUCACUGUCCAAGGCCUCGCCAUCGAUCUGGAGACGUGUUCCCUGCCGUUAGUGGUGAUUUCUAAUGUGAGCCAGCUGCCUGGUGGCUGGGCCUCCGUCAUGUGGUAUAACCUCCUGACUGAUGAACCAAGGAACUUGGCGUUCUUUGGUAACCCACCUCGGGCCAACUGGAGCCAGCUCUCUGAGGUACUCAGCUGGCAGUUCUCCACCUUUGCUGGACGAGGCCUCAACAAAGAUCAGCUCGCCAUGCUGGGGGAAAAGCUUUUGGGCCAGCACGCCUCCUGUGGUGACUAUCAAGUCUCCUGGUCUAAGUUUUCUAAGGAGAAUAUUUUAGGAAAGCCUUUCAGUUUCUGGAUGUGGUUGGAUUCAAUCCUGGAGCUCAUCAAGAAGCACCUGCAGCCAGUCUGGAAUGAAAACUACAUCAUGGGCUUUGUGAGUAAGGAGAUGGAGCGAGCUCUGCUGAAAGACAAAGAGCCCGGCACCUUCCUCUUACGCUUCAGUGAGAGCCACCUGGGGGGAAUCACCUUCACCUGGGUGGAGCACAGUGACAACGGUGAUGUAAAGUUCAACUCUGUGGAGCCAUACACUAAAAACCGACUGAGCGCUCUUCCAUUUGCUGAUAUCAUACGAGACUACAAAGUGAUUUCAGACGGGGUUGUCCCUGAAAACCCCCUCAAGUUCCUCUACCCUGACAUCCCCAAAGAUGAAGCCUUUGGACGCCUCUACAACAGUCAGCCAAGCAAAGUACACCCAUACAUACCAUCUACCCUCAUCCCCAUCUCAGAACUGCGGUCCAAUGCAAACACCACACCACGUUCCAGUCAGUCUCCUGAGCCUCCAAUGACUCCAGGGGAGUUUGACAUGCUCAGCGAACAACUGUGCUUCGACAUCGACACUAUGAGCUCUCCAUAUUCAGAGUGAAGCGAGAUAAAACAUCAUAACCAACAACGUUUUCCAUCCUGACUUCAUCCAGUUUCUGUUAAAUGUCUUUAGAAGAUCUUCAGCUUUUUUACAGAGGUUUUGUUGUUUAAUUCUCAUUGUUCGUCCUGCUGCUUUUUAUAUUCCUUCUUUUAAAUAUUCAUCAGUGUUCAUUAAAUAACUUUUUGCUGUCA